UGGGGCAGCGCCGGCAUGGACGGAGCCGGGCUGGGCGCCACCGCCUGCGCCGCGGCCGCGGGGCUGCUGCUCUACCGCAUCGCGCGGAGGAAGAAGCCCACACACGUGACAGUGAACUGCUGGUUCUGCAACCAGGACACGGUGGUGCCCUAUGGGAACCGCAACUGCUGGGACUGCCCCAACUGUGAGCAGUACAACGGCUUCCAGGAGAAUGGAGACUACAACAAGCCCAUCCCUGCCCAGUACAUGGAACACCUUAACCACGUUGUGUCAGGCAGUCCAACUUUCUGUGACCCUGCUAAACCACAGCAAUGGGUGAGCAGCCAAAUUCUGCUCUGCAAGAAAUGCAACAACCAUCAAACCAUGAAAAUCAAGCAGCUGGCUUCGUUCUCACCAAGGGAGGAGGGCAAGUACGAUGAGGAGAUUGAGGUGUACAGGCACCACCUGGAGCAGACCUACAAGCUGUGCCGGCCGUGCCAGGCUGCUGUGGAGUACUACAUCAAACACCAGAACCGGCAGCUGCGCGCGCUGCUGCUCAGCCACCACUUCAGGCGCCGGGACAGCGGCAGGAGCUACAGCCAGAAUUUGUGUUCAUCCUCCUCUUCCACUUCCAUCACCACGCCAGCUCAGGUGAUUCUUCUGCGGUUCCUGGCCUUCCUGAGCUGUGCUCUGCUGGUUCUGAUGGCCUUGUAUGGGUCGGGUGACCCCUUCUCCCUCAGCACAGCUGGCCCUGCUGCUGGCACUUCUGGCCCCGCGUCCCUGUGGAACAGGACGGGCGCCAGCCCUGCUGCAGGCAGGGACAGAGGCAGUGGCAGUGACAAGGACAGUGGCAAUGGCAGCUCCAGGAGGGGCUGGCAGGAGCUGCUCCUCCUGCUCCCAGAGCACCUGCUGCAGAACCUGAGCGUGGCGUGGGCCUAUGGCAAGAAUCACCAGAUGGCAGUGGCUGUGCUGGGGCUCUUCACCUGUCUGCUGGCCAUGCUUCUGGCUGGGCGCAUCAGGCUCCGGCGAAUCGAUGCCUUUGCCUCGCUGCUGUGGUUGGUGGUGAUGGCUCUGCACCUGGCCGAGAGGUACCUGAAGACAGACAGCCCCAGCUGGCUGGACACAGCCAAGUUUGGCACCACAUCACUGUGCUGCCUGGUGGGCUUCACCGCCGCCGUGGCCACGCGGAAGGCAACGGGCCCGCGGAGACUGCGGCCCCGAAGGUUCCUCUCUGGGGACUCCAUCACUGUCUUUCCCAGCGGUCCUGGCACAGCCUUCCCUUCACCUGCCACCUCUCUGUUUGUCCCAACACCACCCAGUCUCCUCCACCUGACAAACCAGCAGCUCUUCAGGUCCCCACGCAGAACCUCCUCCUCCUCUCUUCCCGGCCGUCUCAACAGGGCGCUCUCGCUGGGCACCAUCCCCUCGCUGGCCCGGGCAGAUUCUGGCUACUUGUUCAGUGGGAGCCGACCGGCCUCUCAGUCUUCCCAGUCCAAGGAAUCCCCUCCAUCAGAUCCCUUCUCGCUGCUGGCCGGCAGCCGAGCUCCGUCCCGCAUCCCGUCCCCGGCUCCGUCCGUGGCCGGCUCGGUCACCUCCAGCUCGGGCUCCCUGCGCCUCCGCCGGCCGCUCAUCAGCCCCGCCCGCCUCAACCUGCAGGGGCAGAAGCUGCUGCUGUUCCCGGCGCAGGGUGAGGCCCCGCGGAGCCCCAGCGACUCCGAGGAGCGCACCCACUCCGACAGCCCCGCCCUGGCCCCCGAGCUGCCCGGCUUUCCCCGGAAAAACCUCCUGGAGCAGGGAGUGCCAGAUAUGAGAUCUGCCGUGGAAGGGGGGAGCAUUUGCAGUGAUAAUUCCAUCAAAAAGGAGGAUCACUCAUCACACUCAUCUACCUGUGUGGUAGACACAACUACCAAAGGGGAAGAUUUGGCAGGCUGGAGAGGUCGCUGUGGUACCUCUGCUCUCCGGGGCCUGCUUGCCAUCAGCCUGACUCUCAAUGCUGUCUUCACAUCAGCCUAUGUCUACAGGAGCCUGCGCUGAUCUGGGCCAGCACUUCCCUUCUCUGCUUCCACCUGGUCCUGAGGAGACAAGAACUCAACCAUGGCUUCAUGGCCAAUGGCCACGCCACCGGUGCAUGCUGUUUUUUAAAAAACUACUGUACACUCAACUGGCAUGAAAAGGAACCUGGGCAGCUGCUGCCAUCACUUCCAGGUAGAGCGUAUCCCAGGACUGUCCCUGGAGAUGGCAGGCAGAAUUCCCAGCUCUGGCUCAAAGUGGGAGGCCAGUCCAACGGCUACACGCUUUCAAAAGAACUGACCUGAGACACAAGCCUGAAAAUGUGUGAGCUGCAUUUUUAGGAACCUGCCCCCAGCUCUCCUUUCUGACAUAUUGACCUCGUGCUGAUGGUGCUGGUAAAAUGGGGAGAAUUAGAACAAAUGAGCUGAAGAAGAGGGAUGGCUUAGUAGCUGGUGCUGGGCUUUGGCUACUGUCACAGCAUCCCCAGCCUCUGCUCAGUGGUUCCUCUUCCCUCUUAUCUUUGACAUUCUCCUCUGAAUUGUCAGUGAACUUUCUUUAGUUGCCUUAAGCUUGCCUAAGCACAUGGGUGACCUUGGCUGCUCUGUCAUGUUCUUGCAUCUUUAGAUGUCCUUGUGCUUCCAGCUGGACCUGGCCCUGAGGCCACUUCCACCAGUUCCAUUCUGGCCAUGCUGGUUCUCAGCCCCUGUGUAUGCCUGUGUCCAGCCAGCUCUGUGGCUGCAAGGCUGCACAGCCCCAGACAGACAGCCUGUGCUGGCUGCAGCACAGCCUGGAAGCCCCUGCUUUGCUUUGCCCAGGAGGCAUUGCCUGUGUUACUCUCAAGUGGGUGAAAAGAAAGGAUCCCGGUGUGAUUUUCACCAGGGUCAAAGGGCUUCAGCUCCCAGCUGUGCUGGAGUUCUCACUGAAGCAGUGAGUGCCAGAGCCUGUUCCUGCUGUAAAUCACACAAACCUGUUUGUUAGAGGGAGUGAGGAGCUGUCUGAUUGUAUACAUCUAUCCAGAAACCUGACACCUCAACCUGAUGUUGGGAUUUGCUAAGUAACUGUUUCAGAUAUUUCUUGCUUAGUAAAAUGCCCGGGUGUUCUCAGUGAGAAAUGCCAAACCUGCUUCUGGACAACUCAGCCUUCUGGAUAGAUUCUUCUUUUCUAGCCCAAGGAAAGUAGUAGAGUUUCAAAAGCAGUUUGUAAUUUGGGUAUUCCUGCUUUGGGGUGAGUCUUCAGCAUUGCUUAGAAUUCAGGGGCCAUUUAGACUAUUGUGCUGAACACUCUGAAUCAUUUAGUGCAUCUUAGGGAAAAAAAAAAAUCCUGAUCUUGAUGUUUUGAUUCCCAAAAACCAAGUGCAGAAGGAAGAUUUACCAGUGUGUCAAAAAUACCUGGUGAGAAGAGAGCUGUCUGGCAUUAGCUGUGUACUUCCUGAAGCAGGACUUGGAUGUAUUGAGUUUUUGUGUUGUCUCUUCCUUUGGGCUCCUUCAAAUUUCACUCCCACUGCCCUGUGUUUGCAUUCUGAAUUGGUUCUUCCUGUGUCUUUCCCUCCCUUGCUGCUGUUCCCUCUCCUGUGUUCUUGCAUGUGCCCAGAACAGAGUGUGUCUGCUGCUGACCAUCCUCUGCUCUGAGCCUGAGGGUCACACCUCACAGUGAUGAUCACCCUUCCUUUCACUUCGUUUUUUUCCUUGCAUGUUUUGAGUUCCUACCCCAGCCUCACUUGGUAGCUCAUGAGAGCCCUGGCCAGACUCUGAUCAACUUUACUGCUGCUGAGUCAAGCACUGAAAAACUGAGUGUCUCUGUUUCCCAAGUGUCCCUGCAUGGUUUUAGCUGCCCAGUUCCAGCUGUGGGUGAGACUGGUCCCUGCUGUGCCUGGCAGGGGGAGCAGACCUGUACACACUCGUGCAGCUCCAAGGGGCUGAGGAAAGGUCACUCCUGACUCUGCACCUCCCCUGGGCUGCUCAGGGAGCUGGGAAGGGCUGGGAAGGGUUGCACAGCCAGCACCUCCUGGACAGGGGCCCAGAGCCAGAAGAGACCUGCAGCAGAGAGAUGUGCUGCAGAUUGAUGAUGAAUUCUAUUGUAACUUGCAUGAACUGUUCCUUGUAGCCAAACCAGGCCCAUAACCUUGUUGUAAAGAGAUUUUUGUCCCUUUUAUAGACUUUGCACCCCGGCAUGUGUACAAGCAGGAUGAUGGCAGAGCAGCUGCCAGGCUUCUCUUUGAACCUCUGCUCUCUGGGUUUCAUGGUGUUCUGGUGCAGUGUGUGACAUCCCAUCCACGGAUCCUUGUCCUGCCUAGAGGCCUCCUGCAGAGACAAGCUGCCAGAAAAUGCUGUGGCUUUGCUUGUCCUUCUCACCCAGCAGAUGUGCACUGUGACUCCAUGUAUGCAAAGCUCCCUCUCUGACCUACCAGCCUGCCUGUUUUACCACCACACUCACCAGAUUGCAAUGCCAGCCUUGUCCUCCUCCCCAGCCACCUGCAGCAUCUCCACUCCCCUGUCCCCACCUGCAUUCCGGGACAGGAACUCUUAACCUGGCACUGCACUUCCGUGGCUGCUUUUCUUGGCAGGGCUUCAGUGACCUUGUCCAAAGCAAUAGAGAGACUUUGGGGUUUAUUACUGCAGAGGGAAGUUUUUCAUUCUGGUGCUAGAACUCUCUCCCGUGGUGCUCUCACGGUUGUGAAGCCUUUGCUGAGGAAUACAUGAGUGUGUGUGUGUGUGUGUGUGUGUGUGUGCAUGCAGAUGUACAAAAACAUUUGGAAGGUUUCUUCAUUUCAGAAGAUCUGAGCCCAUGUUUGUCUUUAUAUUGUUUGCCUUAAUCUAGCUUGUAGAUACUGUGUCUGUCUUGCUGCUCUUUUCUGGACUAAGCUGGUUUGGAGGAAGCAGAAGUUCAUCUGGUCCCCCUGUAAAAAUCUCUGUGUCUGAUGGUGUUGAUCUUCAUAUUGGUGUUGUUCGGGGUGGGAGGGAGAUUUUAUUUUUCUAAUAUUUUUCCUACUGUAGAAACUAUUAGAGUGUAUGGAGUGGAAAAGAUCUUUACAAAAUGGCCUGAUGAAAUUUGAACAUGACUUAAUAAUACCAACAAUUAAUGGUCAGGUGGAGUAUAAAUGAGCUUUAUUUCCAGACCCUUUCCAUUUCCUACUUUUCAUUGAAAAUGUCCAGGUACUUUUUCUUUGGGUAUGGGCUUGUUAGGCAUGUUCUGAGACCUUGCAGAUACUUUAGAUGAUUUUGCUGUUCCAAAUUAGAAGGGAUUUGUAUUUUGGAGUCUGGUUCCAGUUCCGCAGUCUGGGGAGUUUGGCAGAUGUGACAAAUAUUCUGCACAUAUCUAUUUGAUGGGAUAGAGGGAAUGGGUAGAAUGAGUUUCUGUUUUCUGUGAAUGUUUGAUUCCCACUCCCUCUUCUGGGUGGUGGGAGCAUCUGUAAAUCACUGCUGGACUGGCUGGGCUCCUUCUAACAGGGCAGCUGGACUGAAGGGCUUCUGUUGCCUGUGGAUGCUGCUAUAAUUUUUUUCUUCCAAGCACCAUUCCUGGAAAUAACGAUGGUCUUAACCUCUCACAAACAUUUGUUAAAAGGCUAGAAUGGGCCAAUUUGGCUCAUACUCUUU